AUGGAAGAGACUAAAGACAGCUUAGCGUUUAAAGGUGUUGCUGAGAGGCUGACGCUUGGCAUUCCUCGAAUACUGGAGAACAUGCCUGGUGUGGUCGACGUGCGGUUCGCAGAGAGGGAGCCUGCAGAAAAGAGGAGUCUGCUGUCAUGGGAGCAGAAAAAUACUUGUAUUUUGCCAGAGGACCUGCGAGAUUUCUACCUGACCACUGACGGGUUCACACUAACCUGGAGCGUUAAACUGGACGAUGAGUGUGUUCCCUUAGGAUGCAUGAUGAUUAACAGUGUGGCCAGGCUGUGUCCACUGCUCCAACCAGUCCCACUUUUCUCCCUACCCAAUGCACCUUCACUGGCUGACCUGGACUGGGAGGAGAGCAGCACAGAGAAUGGGUCGGAGCAUGCUCCUGCUGCACCCCAUUUUGAUUCCCGGAGCCGCAUCUUCGAGUUGGAUUCUUGUGGUGGGAAUGGCAAGGUGUGCCUGGUUUACAAAAACUGCACUCCAGGUGUGGUAGCCCAGCAGAGUGAUAUUUGGUUCCUCGACCGCUCGCUGUGCUGGCAUUUUCUGACGGCAACCUUCACCUCUUACUACCGACUGAUGAUCACCCACCUGGGUCUGCCUGAGUGGCAGUAUUCCUUUACCCCAUAUGGCCCCAGCCCCCAGGCCAAGCAAUGGGCAUCACUGUACCAGCCGCUGACCUUCAGGAGUGAGCUCAGCCUGGCUGAUCCUGCUGGAGAUUCCUUUCUCAACAAGCUGGAUCCUACCAGGGCCUUUAAAGGCAAAGUCAAGGUACCCGCCCCCAAGAAGAAGCAGUCAGCACAGUGCAACUUGGUGAGCACUGCCAAGAGCCAAGGCAACACAGGAAGACACAGCGGGACAAAGCGGUGAAAAGGUUCCUAUCCAAAGAAGACAUUUCAACCAGCUUUAAUGUCUAUAUGACCAACAUGGCUUUCAAGAGCUGUCGAGAUUAAGCUCUCUGAAGCAGUGGGCCUUUCCAGCCAAAUACAUCACCAAUAGAUUCUUUAUUUGCAACCUCAUUUAACCCUGUUCAGUAGUGACACCUACUGGUAAACAUAUAUAGCAGCCAACAAAGAAUCACUGGCUGCUGCCAUUGCACAAACAAUACUAACACAUAAUAGCAACUUGUACCACCACUGUAACCAGUGAGGACUCUUUUGGCACUGCAGUCAUAUCAGCAGGCUUUGUUUGCUGUUGUAAAUAUUUCAUUUUUGGAUGUAUUAUACAACAUUAAUAUAUAAAAUUAUAACUUAAGUUUGACAAUAAGUAAAUAACAUCCCUUUAUGUUUAUGUGACUGCAAAAUUGAAGGAAACAGGAAAAUAAUACUGUGUUGGUUUCAGAUUGAAAGUAAAGGUGCUCAUAUGAAUGGAUAUUGGUAUUUACCAUUUGAAACUUGAAAUUAAAUGAUCACAUUAAUUAACAGAAUGAAAUUAAUCACACAAUUCACUGAAAAUUACUGUUAUUGUGAGACGAGAUACAGAGCUUCAGCAGACAUAUGCACUGGACAGAUUAAGUGUAUCAAGUGUAUGCAAAUCUAACCUAAAAAUACCUUACUCCAUGUUACAUUAUCAACAACUGUAAUAUACCAUCAUUGAGGCUUCAGUAAUCUGGUACUCACUGGCCAUUGUGUCACUGCAGUGCCUCAAUGAUACUGUGCUUCCAUGUAAACAAAAAAAUAGACCUACUGAGCCUUCCUGUAAUUAAAUCCUCUCUGAUGAUUUCACAUUAAUGGAUAUGACAUAUAAUAUGUUAGCUUUAUUCAGUUUGAUCACCUGAUGCCAGAAGCAUGUGACUAAGCAGACUUGAUAAGACAUCUUUGCUUAGUUGUUUGUUUUAGAGCUCCAGCAUUAAGAUUCAUAUAUACUUUUUUGGCUCCAGGCUGCUGUGUGCUAUAGUGUAUGAGAAAUGAGCAUGUAUAUUAUUUUUGGUUGUGCUGCUGCCAUCAACAGCUGUGAGGAGCCAACUCCUAUGGUUUCUCAUUUGUUUUAAAAAGAUAUAUAAAGGCAAUGUAUAGGGGCUCUU